GCCUCAGGUGAGGCAGGUGAGCCCCAGGUGAGCCCCGGGAGCCGCCAUGGACGGCCCCGCCCUGCCCAUCCGCCGCUCCCGCCGAGAGUUGGUGGAGGCCGUGCGGGAGCGGCCCUUCCUCAUCGUCACCGGCGAGACGGGCAGCGGUAAAAGCACGCAGCUGCCCAGGUACCUCUACGAGGCAGGGCUGGCCAGGCACGGAGCCAUCGGUGUGACCCAGCCCCGGCGCGUGGCCACCGUCUCGGUGGCACAGAGGGUGGCCGAGGAGAUGGGCUGUGCUCUGGGGGCCCUCGUGGGGUACCAGGUCCGAUUCGAGGACUGCACCUGUGAGGACACUGCCAUCAGGUACAUGACUGACGGCUGCCUGCUGAGGCAGAUCCUGGCUGACCCCCUCCUCAGCAAGUACAGCAUCAUCAUUCUGGAUGAAGCCCACGAGAGGAGCCUCAGCACUGAUAUUUUAUUUGGGUUGCUGAAGAAGCUGUUCCUGCAGGAGAAGCCAGCGGGCAGGAGGACAGACAUGAAGGUGGUGGUGAUGUCAGCCACCCUGCAGGUGGAGAAGCUCUCAGAGUUCUUUGGGCACUGCCCAGUGCUGCACAUUCCGGGCAGAAGUUACCCUGUCAAGGAGAUAUUCUGCAACCUGCUGAGCCCCAGGGAUGUGGGCAGCUCUGCCUAUGUCACAGAGGCUGUGAAGGUCGCCCUGGAUGUUCACUUAAAUGAACCAGAAGGUGACAUCCUGGUUUUCCUCACAGGGCAGAAUGAGAUAGAAAGAGCUUGUGAUUUGCUUUUCAAGAGAGCAGAGUCCAUCGAUUACCGGUACGAGGUGCACGACCGGGCUGUGGAGGGGCUCCUCAUCCUGCCCCUCUAUGGCUCCAUGUCCACAGAUCAACAGAAAAGGAUAUUUUUGCCAGCCCCCAGAGGCAUCAGAAAAUGUGUGGUCUCCACAAACAUUGCUGCAACAUCUCUGACCAUUGAAGGAGUCAGAUAUGUGGUGGACAGUGGCUUUGUGAAGCAGUUGAACCAUAAUCCCCGAGUGGGUUUGGACAUCCUGGAGGUGGUUCCCAUCUCAAAGAGCGAAGCCAAGCAGCGAGCGGGGCGCGCCGGGCGGACGUCGGCGGGGAAGAGUUUUGGGGUGUACAGCAGGGAGUUCUGGGAGCAGUGCAUGCCCCAGCACACCGUGCCAGAGAUCAGGAGGAGCAGCCUGACAUCUGUGAUCCUCACCCUGAAAUGCCUCUCGGUGCACGAUGUCAUCAGGUUUCCCUAUUUGGACCCCCCUGAGGAAAGGCACAUUCUGGAAGCUCUGAAGGAACUUUACCAGUGCAAUGCUAUUGACAGGAGAGGCCAUGUGACCAGACUGGGAGAGUUCCUGGUGCAGUUUCCCCUCCCUCCCAGCCUGUCCUGUGCUGUGAUCAAGGCUGCUUCCCUGGGCUGUGAGGAUCUCCUGCUUCCCAUUGCAGCCAUGCUGUCUGUGGAAAACGUCUUCAUCCGACCAGGUGAUCCUCAGAAGCAAAAGGAGGCUGAGCUUCAACACCAGGAACUUGCCUCUCAAGUGGGAGGAUGCAAUGACUUUGCAACCCUCUUAAAUAUUUUUGAGCAGUGCAAAGCAAGCAAGUCUCCUUCAGCCUGGUGCCAGAAAUACUGGAUCCAUUGGAGAGCUGUGAAAUCUGCUUUUAGUGUGGAAAGGCAGCUGCGGGAAAUAACCACGAAACUGAAACAGCUGCCAGACUUCCCUACAGAGACAUUUGAAGGCUCCAGAACUGAAAUACUGAGAAGAUGCCUGUGUGCAGGAUAUUUCGUUAAUGUUGCUAGGAGAUCUGCAGCCAGGACAUUCUGCACCAUGGAUGGGCAUGGCAGCAUAGUCUACAUCCACCCUUCAUCCGCACUCUACAACCAGGAGACCCUGCUGGAGUGGAUCAUCUUCCACGACGUGGCCGUCACCUCCAAGAUCUACGUGCGCACCGUGUGCCCCGUGCGCUACGAGUGGCUCAGGGAGCUGCUGCCCAGGCUGCACCAGGUGGAUGCCUAUGAGCUCAGCAGCGUGGCCAGGGAAGAGGUGACUGAGGAGGAAAUGGCCAGGUGGAAGCAGAGGGAGGAGCUCAAAAGGCAGUUUGAAGGAGUCCCAGAGAGCUCUGCAGGGAAGAUGGAGAGGAGGAAUGAUGAACAAUCCAUCCAGGACGCCCGAGCUCGCUACCUGCAGAGGAAGCAGCAAAGAGCUCAGGCUCUGAGCGGCCCCGAGAAGGAAAUGGGGUAACUCUGGGCUAACUCUGCUUGAGGAGGAGCUUCUGCAGCUCUGGGCUCUUUGCAAAAUGCCCAAGGACUGACAGGAGUGCAGGGAAACUUGUGCCAAAGAGGACAAACACAGUUCCCUGUGCUGCAUCCAGCAGGGAAAACUUCCCAAGCUUUGCGUUGCUGCAGGUCAGUGGCAACAAUUUCAUGGCCUCAGCUGUGGCUGAAGCCCUGAUAUCAAGUGUGGUGCCAAUUCUCUGGCAUCUGUUUGACUUAAAGAGCUCUCAGUGCUGUUAUAAAUGAAAUUUUUCUUCAAGGUCGGUUGGGGUUUAUUUUUGUAAGGAGUGGAACUGUAAUUUUUUACCCAUUUUAUUCUGUCUGAUGGUGGUCACACAGAAUUCCUGCUCAGGAAAACGUUCAGGAAGGGCUCUUGCAGUGGUGGGAGCAGCAGGAUUAGAUCCAAAGGGGCAAUUGCAGGAUUAGAUCCAAAGGGGCAAUUGCAGGAUUAGAUCCAAAGGGGAAAUUGCAGGAUUAGAUCCAAAGGGGCAAUUGCAGGAUUAGAUCCAAAGGGACAAUUGCAGGAUUAAAUCCAAAGGGCCAUUUCCCACCUGCAUUCCUUGCUGUGCUGUACCAGGUGCACACAGGGAAUUAAGAACGUUUUUCCUUGAGCAUCUGAAAGAGCAAGGAGCUGUGGUGCUUUGUCAUCAUGAAGUUUGUUUCCUUCUCAAUAAAGAAAUCCUGUUUUAUCACCAUAAUAAUCCUGAAACGCUCCAGGGCUCGAGUGAGCAGUUUGUGUAAGAAUUUCCAAAGAAUUGGAAGAACUUGCUGGGAUUUUUCCUGCCUCAGCUGUGUGCUCUGUGCCACCCUGGGCACUGGUUCAAGUGCUGGAUUGUGUUUUAUUACUGUAGCCUGAAUGAAACAUUCACCAUUCCACCUCUGCCUCACCUCCAGCAUUCCAGCACUGCCCAGCAUCCCAGAGCCUCCAAAACCAUAGGAAUUUUUUUUGGAAUAUUACAAUAUUAUUGCUCAUAAAGAAAGUGCUGGGUCUGGUAAUUGUUUCUCAUGCUGUGAUUGAUGGGAAGGGGUUUUGUUCUUUCAGGCUCUGCUUUGGAGCUGCAGCACUUGGGCUUGACUCAUCCUCUGCUCUGAGUUUUGCUGUUUAAUUUGAUUUAUAUUUGCAGUGUCACAGCCCCUCAUGAGUCAAAUGCCAUCUGCACCACCCAGUGGGCCUGAAAUGAGUACACAGAAUGCCCACUGUUCCUUGGGGCUAUAAAUCACUUGGCAGAUCCUAAUGCUGAUUUUUUUAUCUUUUUUUUUUUUAUUUUUCAUUUUUUUUCAUAGCAAGAAGUGAGGGAUAUUUUUCCCCCCACUGUGUUCCAGGGCUUCUCAGAGGUUUGGAGAUGGGAAAUUUAAGACAAAGUAAAAAUUAUCUGGGGGAAGUAACAGUGAGCUGUUAAAUAAAAUAAGAUUUCAGCCAUGCCAAGUGUGACAGCACACACAACUCUGGGUGCUGAUCCCAGGAAAAAGUUAAGUUUUUACCUGUUUUACGUGCUGGAGGUCAAGUGUGAGUUAAUAAAACACAGAGGGAAGUGUGGAGCUUCGUUA